AUGAACAGAACUAAAACCCCGUCACGAAAUUUCAAACACAAAUCUAAAAGGAAAAGGUUGUGGUUUGUUUUUUUGCUCAGCAGCAGCAGCAGCAGCAACAACAACAUGGAUGUGUUGGCUAGUUAUAGUAUAUUCCAGGAACUGCAGCUUGUCCACGACACCGGGUACUUCUCAGCUUUGCCAUCCUUGGAGGAGAACUGGCAGCAGACAUGCCUUGAGCUGGAGCGCUACCUUCAGACAGAACCCAGGAAGAACUCAGAAAGCUUCGGGGAGGACUUAGACUGUUUUCUUCAUGCCUCUUCUGCUCAAAGCACAGAAGACAGCAUUCAGCCAUUGGACCCACUCUUAUUACCUGUAGAUAUGAGUACCUGUGACAAAAAUGCCAACAUGGACAUUAUUCUCUCAAGGGACAAACUAUUGUCUGAGACUUGUCUCAGCCUGCAACCUACCAGCUCCUCUACAGAGGGCUAUGCUGCUGUUAACCAGGCCCAACUCAACGCAGUGACCUCACUAACACCUCCUUCCUCUCCUGAACUCGGUCGCCAUCUUGGAAAAACCUCACAAACUAUCUCUGCAGUUGAUGGCACAGUUACACUGAAAUUAGUGACCAAGAAAUCCACCCUCAGCUCAGUAAAGGUUGGUGUAAUAACACCAGCUAACACAACAAAGUGUGCGCUCAGUGACAGUGAACAAGGAGGGUCAGGGGCUGAUACAUCCCCAGAAAACAAGAAGAGGGUUCAUCGUUGUCAGUUUAAUGGGUGCCGUAAAGUAUAUACAAAGAGCUCACACCUAAAAGCGCACCAGAGGACUCACACAGGUGAGAAGCCUUACAAGUGUUCAUGGGAAGGGUGUGAGUGGCGUUUUGCACGAAGUGAUGAACUCACACGGCACUACAGGAAGCACACGGGAGCAAAGCCCUUCAAGUGCAGCCAUUGUGACAGGUGUUUUUCAAGGUCUGAUCAUCUUGCCCUCCAUAUGAAGAGGCACAUCUAAAUAAUAGGGACCAUACAGUGUGACCCGGAUGCAGUUAGACCAUAGCGUCAUGGGGAGAAGGGUGGAACCCAAUUGCCUGUCUCUUGCUACCUUCCAGAAGAAGAGAAUUUGAUCACAUGUAAACUUCUAUUCACACAACAUGCACUAAAUGCUGUCAUGCACUCAGCAGUACAUUCAUCUGUUUCCAAUGCCUUGCCCAUCUGAAAGGCAGAAGACAUGUGAUUAGGAAAAGGGAUACAGGGGAAGUCUUUAAGACACAGUUGCUUACAGCACUUCAGAACUUGAAAAUCUUUGUUCCUGUUUAUUGCCAAUGGAAAUCAAAGCAGAUGGAAGAGGAUUCCUUGCAGGUGAACAGCAUAGAAGCAGCAUAUAUGUAACUUGCUUCUUGGUGCAACUUGACUGGGGAGGGGGGAACCUAUUUUGGACUUGCAUAUUUGUAGCACUAACUUUUCUUUGGAGAUAAUUUUGGAAGGAAAACUAAUGACCUAGAAAAACCAAAUUCCAGUUUGGUAGCCAAAACAUUACUGUCUUGGUUCCUUUCUGCUGAUUUUGUUUUAAGGCACCCUUAAUGAUUUAUCAAGAUUCCUCAAGAACUUCUUGAUCUGCUCCAUUUUGUUUUUUCAUAGAACUGAUCUGUCAAGAUCUGUUUAAGUCAAUACCAAUGGCCUUAAUUGGCAGUACACUCUGCAGCGAUCCUAGGAUACACCUACCAGUUUUCUUGCUUCAGCUGUUAUGGACUUUGUCAAGGAGAUAUAUAUAGAGAGAGAGAGAGAAAGAGAGAGACGUACUGUUUUGUUCCUUUAAUUUUGGUAUUUGGUUAUUGCACAUCACGUGCACAGAGGAACUGUGAAAACUGCUGAUAUGAUUGCAUAAUGGUUGACAAGCGAAAUCCCUGAGCAAGAUCACAGUAUAUCUUUGGAGGCAUCACCAUAUUGCCAUAGUUUGAACUUCCUAUUUAAUUACUUAAUGAAAACUUGAAAGAAAGCUUAUUUGAAGCUUUGAACCUUUUCUCCAAGUUUCUGAGAACUCAUUUACACACCUGGAUAUCUGUCUUGGAUUCUCUCACUCAGGCCUGACUUCAGGUUUUCCUUCUGCACCCUGGGGAGCAUGCUUGUGGCAACCCACAAAAAAUGGUUAGCAAUUCUGGUUGUUUGUUGUUGCUAGCCUUUUACUUGGUGAAAUACGUGGUAAUAUAUACAGUAUGUGUGUGUCUGGCACUCGCAAAAGAAAUAUUUUGGGUUAAGCAGAUCAAUAGAAUACUUGCAAUCAUGCAAAUUAGGAGUGAGAACCUCUUGCUUUUAAUAUUAGUCUCCUACAUGUUUUCUUCUAAAAGAGAAAAUGCCUACCUAGAUUCUCCUGUCCCAUUUUAUUAAGGUGGUGCAAUUCCCACUUGUCCAACACAAUGCAGUUGAAUGAAAGGAUUGGCUUUUUGGUAAGCACAGACUUCUUUCCAAACAA